GAAGCUCUUCUGCUCCGGACUACAUUGCAUGACCAUGUUAUAUUGAAGUCGCUCGCCGCUCUUUUUCGCCCCACCAUAUCUCUUCUACGCCCACUGUAUGAUAUUUCUCUGACUUUCCGAAAAAAUGGCUGCGAAACGGGUAGUUGUCGCGGGUGGUAAUGGGUUUCUGGGUUCGAGAAUCUGCAAGUCCGCUGUCGCUAGGGGCUGGUCGGUCACGUCUCUCAGUCGCUCGGGAGAACCGCGGUGGGAGGUGGUCACAGGCUCUGCCGGCCGUCCCAGCUGGGCAAGCUCCGUUGAAUGGGCCAAGGCCGAUAUCCUGAAACCCGAGACAUACAAGCCUUUUCUGAGUGGGGCCACGGCCGUCGUCCACAGCAUGGGAAUCCUGCUCGAGGCAGACUACAAGGGUGUGGUGCAGGGAAGGGAGCCUAUUCUCAGUGGCCUGCAGAAGGCCUUCAGCGCCGCGAGGCCGGGCAGUCAGAAUCUCAGCGAGAGGCGGGAGGGCGAGCCGCUUGAAGUCAGGGAGCGCAGUGGACAGUUUACGUACGAGCUCAUGAAUAGGGAUUCCGCUAUCGCCCUCGCCCAAGAGACCCACCAUGAACAUGUCCCCACGUUUGUAUACAUCUCCGCUGCGUCAGGAGCACCCGUCCUUCCGAGCCGGUACAUUACAACCAAGAGGGAGGCGGAAUCGAUCAUAGCGGCUCAGUUACCGGAGCUCCGCAACGUCUUCGUGCAGGCGCCCUUUAUGUACGAUGAGAGCAGGAAGUUUACGCUGCCGAUUGCCCUCGGUGGCUUUGUCGGAUCCCAGGUCAAUGCGCUUCUGGGCAACAAGCUUGACUUCCUCGGCUCUAUGGUAACUAAACCACUCAAGGUGGACGACGUGGGCGAAGCCGUAGCAGAGGCACUCGACGAUGAGUCAGUCCGCGGAGCUUUGGGGGUACAAAAGAUUGAGGCCCUAGCCACGAAGGCUUGGAGGAAAAGCAUGCUUUGAGCAUUAAUUUGGUAAAUUGGAUGACAAAACCGCACUGUGUGCAAUAAGCCCUUCUCAAGUCCAAGAGGGCUGGCCACUGGCCGAUUGUUGCCUGUGAUGGAGACAAGCAUAGAUAUUCCAAGCGUGUAGGCAGCUCUUGGAAGGGUUGCAAAGAAACACUACUCCGAUGCUGGAAAGCGAGCAGCGACGUGAUGCUGUUCUAGUGUAUUAUACAGAAAAUGCUGCCAAUCGAUACCCCCUAUCUUUCUCUUC